CCUAGAAACAAAUCAAAACUAAUACAUAUAUCUAAGUCCGGUUUCAAACCAGUUUGGACAACUCCAAGUCAACAUGAGAGUAGUCUCCCUAUCUCCUCCCGCCUGCACCACACACCUUAUUUAAAUCACUUGACAAGUCAGUUCUUGUUGUAAGGAAAACAAGCUCAUGUUGGUGACAUUUACUAUCCACUCAUUCAGAAGAGACAGAAAGACAUUGAUAUGGAAACCGCAGCAAGUUCAACUGAGACACUGAAGGCUGAAGGAAAACAUAAAGCGGACCCUUUAUGGCUAAAAACUCAGCAGCUUAUCAUCCCAUCAGAAAAUGAAAGCCAAGAAAGGCAAUCUGGUACUGAGAGCAGAACCACCAACUUUUCUACAAUAUAUGGCCGGGACUUGUUGCCAGCAAAGAAUGGUGAGGAAAACACUAAGCAAUUCCUCAUUGAAGUGGUCCACAUACUUCUAAACUAUGUCAGCAAAUCCUUUGACAGAAACACCAAAGUUCUGGACUUCCACUACCCACAUCAGCUCAAGGAUGGUCUUGAAGGAUUUAGUUUGGAGCUGUCUGAUAAUCCUGAAAAUUUAGAACAGCUUCUUGUGGACUGCAGAGACACCUUAAAAUAUGGAGUUAAAACAGGUCACCCUUGUUUUUUUAACCAGCUGUCAACUGGGCUUGAUGUUAUUGGAUUAGCCGGUGAAUGGCUGACAGCAACUGCCAACACAAACAUAUUUACAUUUGAAAUAUCACCAGUUUUUAUAAUGAUGGAAGAAAUCCUCCUCAAGAAAAUGUAUGAAAAGAUUGGCUGGCCAUCACAAGAGGGAGAUGGCAUUUUCUCACCUGGUGGAUCCAUAUCUAAUCUUUACAGUGUACUGGUGGCUCGAUAUUACCGGUUUCCUGAGGCGAAGACAAAAGGAAUGGCUUCUGUCCCCAGACUGGUGCUAUUUACAUCUGAACAUAGCCACUAUUCUAUCAGAAAGGCUGCUGCAGUACUUGGAAUUGGAACAGAAAAUGUUAUUUUGGUCAAAUGUAACGAGAGGGGAAAGAUGAUCCCCUCUGAACUGGAAUCGAAAAUCAUGGAAACUGAAAUGAAGCAGGGUUGUGUUCCUUUUUAUGUGAAUGCGACAGCUGGUACUACAGUAUAUGGAGCAAUUGAUCCUCUAAGUGAGAUUGCAGACAUUUGCGAGAAGUACAGACUGUGGAUGCAUGUUGAUGCAGCAUGGGGUGGUGGUCUUUUGAUGUCAAGAAAGCACUCUGUGAAACUCAGUGGCAUAGAGAGAGCCAGCUCUGUUACCUGGAAUCCUCAUAAACUCAUGGGUGCUCCACUUCAAUGUUCUGCCAUACUCGUUCGAGAAAAGGGUCUCCUCCAGCUGUGUAACCAGCUCUGUGCAGACUACCUGUUUCAGCCUGACAAACAUUACGAUGUUUCCUAUGACACUGGAGACAAGGCCAUUCAGUGCGGCAGGCACGUUGACGUCUUUAAAUUCUGGUUAAUGUGGAAGGCUAAGGGUGCAGAAGGGUUUGAAGUACAAGUCAACAAGUGUCUGGAUAAUGCUGAGUAUUUGUACAACAAACUGAAGCAGAGAGUCGAUUUUAUACUUGUGUUUGACGGCAAACCUGAGCACAGCAAUGUUUGCUUUUGGUACGUUCCACCAAGUCUGAGAGAAUUGCCAAAUGGACAAGAGAGAAGCAAGAGACUUCAUGAGGUUGCCCCAAGGAUAAAAGCAAAGAUGAUGGAAGAAGGAACAACAAUGAUUGGCUACCAGCCACAAGGAGAAAACGUGAAUUUCUUCAGGUGUGUCUUUUCAAACCCAGCCACAAGCAAGGCAGAUGUUGAUUUCCUCAUUGAAGAAAUAGUGAGGCUGGGAAACGAUCUGUGAAUGACAGCAUUUGUUUGUUUAGAGCUUAUUGAUUCUGCUUGAAAAUGGGGAUAUCCAUUGCAUUUAACUGGGCAUGUUCUUAUGGGAUCUUUCUUGAUAAGCAGAAAUCAUUUUAGUCUAUAGGUUCAAAAUGUUUAUGGUAAAGGUACUGUACUGUAAAUACAUUGUAUGACAUUGAGUAGGUAAGCAUUUGGGGUAAAAAGUUUCAAGAACUUUAACUUGUAACCAUAACUUUCUUCCAGUUUAGAUCAUUUUAGGGUUGCACUUACUGAUGGGUGCAGAACAUUACACACUUUUUCCAGGAGGUUGACUUAAUAAUCUUCCAGUUUACACAUAUUGUAUGUAUUGUAAUUACAUUAACAAAGCUGAUUAGAAAUGAUGAUGUACAUUAAGGAUCUAUAUGCAUUUUAAUAAAUGAUUAGUUUACAAAUGAUAUACAUCAUUACAAUUGGUCUGAAAAUCCGUUGUACUGUAACAAUCAUAACAGAGGUAGGAUUUGAUAAAGAAGAACCUGUAUGUCUGAUGGAAGUCAAGGGUCCAGACCGCUACCGUAGCUGUGUAAUAAAGCAGUUGUUACAAUAAGUCUUUGAUUUACCGCAUCUUAGUUAUACUGAAUUCUGCAGUAACCGCGCCCUUUGCGAAUCCAUAAAUCGGUAUUUUAUUUGAUAAACAUUUUCAUUGGGGGGCUCAACUGAGUAACCAGAAAUAUUGUGAAACCUUAGCUGAGUGUGGCAACCACAGUCUAACAUACAGCUAUGGGCAAAAGAUUUGCAUCACUCUAUAGAAUCAACUCAUUUAACUUCAAAAAGUCGAAUGAAACCUCCUGAAAUAGUGUUGCAUUAACAUAUUUAAUUACAUACCGCUUUGCAGUUUUCCAUAUGCUUAACGAAAAACUAAUAGAAAUUGACAUUUUCAAAUCUAACAUGAAAUACUGAACUACUAAUAUGGCUUCCACUAGGCCUCUGCAAUAUCAUUUUGUAGUUUCUUUGAUUGCAUGAUGUUAAAUAAAAGAUCUAAAUUUAUGUUCAUAUAGUUGUUUUUUGUGUGUGUCAAUCAUAAAUUCUAGGUGAUGCAAAACUUUUGACUAUAGCUGUACACUGUCAGCAACAACUGUACACUGAUAAACAGCUUUUGUUUAUUGCUUGUACUUCAGUGUAUACUGUAUUCAGUUGUCAUUUCCCCACUUUCAUGUAUCAAUAAAUACAAAAUUAUUAUCAUUG